AUGUCAUCUCUUGCGGAGCGGUUUGUGCAGCAGACGCUGCGGCGGCGGCAGCGGGAGGCGGCGUUGGCCCGCGAGACGGCGGCCCUGCGGGAGAAGGAGGCGCUGCGGGCCGCCCUGCAGUCGCGGCGGGAGGAGGCGCAGGCACAACUGCAGCGCGUGGAGGCCGUGCGGGUCUCCCUCGACGAGCUGCAACGCGCCGCGCAGUCAAAGUACGAAGAGGCCUGCCGCAGCGACGAGGAGGAGCGGGCGAAGUUGUCGGAGAAACUCCGCAUCGCCAUAGACGCCGUGAAUGCGUACUCGGAGGAAAUCACGCAGUUGGAGGCAAAGGCGCGGCAUGAAAACAGCUCGCUGAAGGAGCAACUUGAGAUAUACGCAAAGUUUCACAGCACCGGCGAGGAUAAAUAUCAUGAGAUUAUGCAAGCGCGGGAGGCGGAGUAUGAUAAGAUUGCGGCGAAGCGAGAUGCGGCACUGGAACGUAAGCCGCAGUUAAUGCAGGAAAUAGAAGAAGAAACGAAAGAGUUGGAAAAAGCUGUGAAAGCCCGUGCGGCAUUGCAGGAAGAGGUGGAUAAAUGGGUAAAUCACUUGUCAGAGGUUCAACAACGUUUGUUAAAGGCACGGGAAACUUUUGAGAGUGCUAAGGAUGAAAAAGAGCGACAAAUUCGCCGAAUUCGAUCACUAGAAAGCGACAGGCAACUGUUGGUAUCAAGAGCUGAGAAAAGUAAACUAGAACGCGAUAAAGAACAUGCAAAAGUGGAGGCUCUUGAAGAAAAGAUUAAUACAUGCAAGAAACAAACAGAGAAACUUUUAGCUGUUGUGUCAUUGCUUGAUAAUAGGGAUACUGCUGCUGUUGUGAACGAAAAGGCGUAG